AUGCAGCAUUCCGACUCCGACACGGAUGCGAUGUCCGUGGCCUCGGCGAUCGGCGAGGACGGCGAGGAGGACGUCUUUGCCGCUGCGGCGAUAUUGCCGGACGCGGACGGCGACGGCAUCUUUGACCUCCCCGCGUCGCCGAUGCCCGGCGAGGGCACAGCUGACUUGGGCGGCUUCGACGAAGGCGGCGAGGAGGGCGGCGAGGAGGGCGACGGUGACGGCGAGGGCAGCGGCGACGAUGGGAGCGGCGAGGGGAGCGGUGAGGAGUCGGAGGAGCGGCAGGCGGCGAUGGUGGCGCAGCUGCGUGAGGCGCUGCUGGCGAGAGGGUACGAGAUGCGCGACGCGCCGGCGCGGCCGGCGCAGCUGCCGUCCUUCGACAUCGCCGGCUUCGCGCAGCGACUCGCCUCCUGCCCGCCGCGGUCGGUCGUCGUCCUCUGCGGCGCCGGCAUCUCCGUGUCGGCCGGCAUCCCGGACUUUCGGUCGCCCGGGACCGGCCUGUACGACAACCUGCAAAAGUACGACCUGCCGUCGCCGCAGGCCAUCUUUGAGCUCUCCUACUUUCGCGAGCGGCCCGACGCCUUCUACCUCCUUGCGAGGGAGAUGUGGCCCGACAACUUCCAGCCGACGCCCGCCCACCACUUUGUCGCGCUGCUGCACGCGAAGGGGCUGCUGCGCCGCUGCUUCACGCAAAACAUCGACUCGCUCGAGGCGCGCGCCGGGCUGCCGGCCGACUUGACCAUCGCCGCGCACGGCAACUUCGACGGCUGCCACUGCAUCGAGACGGGCGAGCCGGUCCCUCUCGGCGAGGUGCGUCGGGCGGUCGCGGUCGGCCGCGAGGGGCCGGGAGGCUGGGCGGAGCUGGCGGAGCGGUACGGCGGGCUCUGCAAGCCGGACAUCGUCUUCUUUGGCGAGCAGCUGCCGGCUCGCUUCUUUGAGGCGGCCGAGGCCGACCUGCCUGCGGCGGAGGCGCGCCAUCGCCCCUUAUACCCCCUUUAUACCCCCUUCAUACCCCCUUACACCUGCCUGCGGCGGAGGCGCGCCCUCGCGGCGUCGGCUCCGGCGGGCGGAGAGGCGGCGGGGCCCGCGUCACGUCCUGCCGGUGUGCAGCCCUUCGCGUCUCUGCUCGGCCGGUGCGGCCUCGCGACGCCGCGGCUGCUGCUGAACCGCGAGAUGCUCGGCGAGGGGGAGGGAGAGCUCGUCGGCGAGGCGGACCCGAUGGUGCGGAUGCUCGGGCUGCGCGACCCGCGCGCGAUGCUGCACGGCGACGAGGCGAACCACCGCGACGCCUUCUUCGAGGGCGACUGCGACGCGGGCGUCCUCGAGCUCGCCCGGCUGCUAGGCUAG